AUGCGACUUGUGAUUUAUAUUUUGAAUUGUAUUUGUCAAACGAUGCGUGUAACUAAGCGAAAUUAUCCAAUGUGUAUGUGCCUAAUUUUUUUUAUUAUUAUAACCUGGGAUUAUGUAUCCUCUACGGCACAAGUCCGCCAGUUUUAUUGUGGUAAUGAUAUUUACAAUUACUUUCUUACCAACUGCAAGGAGUACUACAAUAGGCCAUAUAAACGGAUGGGCUACGAACAAUUUGAUAUGCCAACUUUAUUUGCUGAUGGCAAUGACUUAGCUGAUAGAACCUACGAAAAUAAGAACAAAGGCAGCUCAUUCCUUUCGAACAUCUAUGAGGGUUUGAUGUUGGCAAAAACACAAAAUCGCCUAAAAAGGGGCGUAUAUGAUGAAUGCUGUCGAAAGCCUUGUACCGAAAGUGAAAUAUCUUCUUACUGUAGGAAAGUUUAAUUACCAUAUCCAGAGGAAUGUCAAAAUAAACAAAAAUAUGGAAGGAGACGAAGCCGUUUCAGCACAGAACGUGCGAUGUGGGUGUUAU